AGCCUCUGGUGACUGCUCACUCAGCCUCACUUCCCCAGCUGUGACAGCACCAGAGCCGCUCAGACACCUGGACCAUGGACCCUGGGGAAUGCACCUGCAUGUCUGGAGGAAUCUGCACCUGUGGAGACAACUGCAAAUGCAAAACCUGCAGCUGUAAAACAUGUCGAAAAAGCUGCUGUCCUUGCUGCCCCCCGGGCUGCAUCAAGUGUGCCCAGGGCUGCAUCUGCAAAGGGGCCUCAGACAAGUGCAGCUGCUGCCACUGAAAUGCACCCAAUCGUGCUGGGGACAAGGCCUGGGAAGCAUCUGUACAGUGCAUUAGUCGAGGAGUUGGAAUGACUGUACAAUAGGUUGUGCUUUUUAUAUAUCUGCCCAGGUCAGGUGGUGGUGACAUUCAUAUAAAGUGCUUGGAGCAAUAAAGUUUUCACUCGUGGUU